AUGUCUCCCAUCCAAUUUCAGUAUCAGCGUUUGUGGUUCAAGGGGCCUUUCUGGCUGUGCCAGGAGAAGAGUUUAUGGCCAUCCAACAAACCAAGAGAAACAAUUGAUUCCUCACUUCUGGAAGAGAAAUCAAUCAUAGCGUUACCUACGGUAAUCGAGCAGCCUAACGAAAUAUUCUCGUUGCGUUCAUCGUUAUUUGAACUGACUCGUGUAGUUGCAUUAAUAAAUCGAUUCAGACAUAAUUCACUCACACACGCUGAGCACGAACAUGCUAUGAUUAUACUGAUUCGGCUCUCCCAGAGAGAAUCGUUUGCAGCUGAGAUUUCCGCUUUGCGAAAGGGCCAUCAAAUAUCAACCAGUUCAUCGAUUGCUACGUUGAAUCCUAUACUUAUCGAUGAUGUUCUCCGUGUUGGCGGCCGGUUGAUGAACGCGGCGAUUUCCUCAGAUAGAAAACAUCCCAUUAUUCUCAGUCAUCGACAUCCACUCACUAAGUUGAUAAUGGUACAAUACCACCGAAAACUUUUUCACGCAGGGCUGCAGCUAUUGGUUUCCACCAUACGUGAAAAAUACUGGCCUACCCGUAUUAGACGACUAACAAACACAGUACUUCACGAGUGCGUAUCCUGUUUCCGCACCAGACCGAAGGUUCUGGAUCAAUUAAUGGCGGAUCUACCAUCUGAACGUGUGUCUCCGGCUCCUCCAUUCUUGAAGGUUGGGGUCGACUAUUGUGGACCGUUACCUGUUGUUUAUCCUGGACGUCGCGCUGUUCCAAGGAAAUCCUUCAUCGCUAUUUUUGUUUGUCUGAUGAUGAAGGCGGUGCAUUUGGAGCUCGCAGGAGAUUUGACCAGUGAAGCCUUCCUUGCAGCCUUCAAGCGAUUUAUAGCCCGUAGAGGAAAACCUGCUGUAGUAAUGUGUGAUAACGCCCUCAAUUUCGUGGGGGCCAGACGAGAGUUGGACGUACUACGUCAGCUCUUUUUGAAUCAACAGUUCCAGGAAUCAGCGGUUCGUGAAGCAGCUCAAGAUGGCAUAGACUUCCGGUUUAUUCCUCCUCGAUCACCUAGCUUCGGAAGACUUUGGGAAGCAGCGGUGAAGUCUAUCAAAACGCAUUUUAAAAGAUCCAUCGGUGUUCGAGUUGUACAGCAUGAUGAAAUGCAGACAGUUGUGGUUCCGUGCUAA